AUGAACAAUCAAAUCAUCAUCAUCGCAAAAGUCCUGUGCAACCAAGACUGUCAGGCUGAUCCGGAGAGAGAGCAGAGGAGAAAUUCGCUCUUGUCAAACGGGGACAGCAAGGGACUCGGAGAUGUUCUGCUGACAGACCCGUUCAAAGUGCUAGAUACCCUCAAGGAAAGAGCCCUGGUCACCGUCAUCGAAGACGCCGAGUCGGGCCAUGAGGACGAGGACUGCGACCUGUCGUCCUUCGAGGGUGACUGCCGGCUGCUGGAGGGCGGGUCGUUGGACACUAGCUCGGACUGGAGAAGCAUGACGCUGCUGGUAACGCCGACCAAGCUCGAGCUGCAGCUGGGAGAGGAGGCGAUCACGAUCGCGGUCAGUGAUAUCACGAGCAUCCAGACAUCGCGCAGGAGGCGAUGGUGGAGGACGGCGUUGGGUUUAAACUAUCCCCUUCGAUUGUCCAGCUUGUGGAAGCUGAGGCCGUGGGCGCUGCUGGGGCAUGACGCGGAGGAGGGGAAAGUACCAUACGGUGACGUGUGCUUGAAUGUCAAGACGGCAGAGACGUCGAGAACGUUUGGGAUUCGCUUCAAUGAGUCGCGGACGGGAGAGAGAGAGAUGGCGGUGGAGAAGCUUGCGAUGUUGAAGCAGGGGGGCAGCAGUAUCAGUGCCGUGGUGUCCGACCUCCGGCGAUUGAAGAGGUUCCUUCGGAGAGUGUACCAGACGACCCUGUUCCAGGUCGUGGUCGCCAUGCUGAUCAUGGCGAACUUUUUGCUGUACGCCAUCGAGUCGGAGGUGACCAAGACGGAGGAGACGAUUCAAACGAUUCAUCGGGUGGAGCUGGUGUUUGCAAUGCUCUUCACAGUGGAGCUGCUGAUCAACAUGAUCGCACAUUGGUUCCGCAACUUCUUCAGGAGCUACUGGAACAUCUUCGACCUCGUCGUCGUCACGCAAUCCCUCCUCGCCUUCACCCCAGUGUCCACCGCCCCCGGCUUCUCCAACCUCCGGCUCAUCCGGGCCUUCCGCAUAAUCCGCCUCUUCCACCGGAUCCGAUCAAUGGAGGUCAUCAUCAACGCGCUCUUCUCUGCCAUCUUCCCGGUCUUCAACGCCGGCUGCAUCAUGCUCUUCACGACAGGCAUAUACGCUAUCGUCGGCGUCUCUCUCUUCUCCCAUCACUCUGCUCGCUUCCGCACCUUCUCUGCCGCCAUGUUCACCAUGUUCCAGGUCUGCACCGGCGACAGCUGGAAAGCGCUUGCUCAGGAGCUGAGCACGCAUGGAGCAGCAGACAUGUUCGACUACACUGUCUGCGUCUUCCUCUGCUCCUACAUCAUCAUGGUUGGUUGGAUUCUCUUCAAUGUGGUUGUCGCCGUCAUGCUCGACGAGUUCCUUGCGGCGUCCAGCAAAGCCAAGGACGCGGCUGAGCAGGAGCUCGCGGUUGCCAAACCUCCCGAGGCUGCUGAUCCUGUUGGGGCUCCGAAGGGGGAGGAGCCGAACGGGAAAGGUUACGUGGACGAGCUGGAUGAUCUGCUGAGGAUCUUGUCGAACUUCGCGAGCAUCAACCAGCUCGACAAGAUGUGCAACGACAUCUUCGAGCUGGUAGACGUGGACGGCAGGAAGGCUCUCACCGUCAGCGAGAUCUGCGCCGGCUUCUCUAAGUUCAGCUUCCACGUGCAGCCCGAGAGCCUCGCGCAGGCGCUCGAGGGACAAGACGCGGUCGGGCCCAUCAAGUUCAGGAGGUUCCUUCAGGCUCAGCUCAAGACGUUCCUGGAGUGCAAGCUGAGCGAGGGGAAGUUGGAGUACCACAAGAGCAGCGCCAUCUACUUCAAGACUUCCUUGCUUGAGCAGCACUUGCAACAUCAAUCCCAGCUUGACUUGCUCAUCGCCCGCAUCUCUCUCUGUCAGAAGUGCCAUUGCAACGCACUCUUCGACAAUCGUGUGGAGCUCAGAAGGUGCACCUCAACAUGA